AUGUCGUUGCCCUCGGAAGCGCCGCGCAGGCAUGUACGUGUGGCCAUUGUUGGAUCAGGCCUCACGGGGCUCGUGGCCACCUAUCUGCUCACGGCGUCGCAACCGCACGCGCCCGAUGCCCCGCGCAUCAGCGUCGACAUCUUUGAGCGCGCUCCCACGCUCGGCAUGGACAGUGCGAGCAUCACAGUGCCAUUACCUCCACCAUCCCCACCACAGCCCGAAGCUGCACCGCCCCGCUUGGUGAAACGCGCCAGGCUGGACGCAAAGUCCAACAGGGCAAAGGACGUGGCGACUUCGAUGCGCAUCGACGUGCCCAUGCGCGCCUUCACCGGCGGAUACUAUCCGCAGCUCCUCGCGCUGUACCGCCAUCUCGGCAUCCGCGCGCGCAAGACCAACUUCACCUACAGCUUCGCCAGGUUCACAGAUGCAAGCUUCAAGGGGGAGCGCAAGGCGCCCGAGCCGAGUCUGCUGUACAACGGCGCCAACGGUGUGCGCGGCAUCAGCCUCCCGGCGAGCUUGAUGCGGAUGGAGAGCGAAGGAAUCGUUAGGGUGUCGGCGGUGCUGCAGUGCGUGCGUAGGUUGCGCGUCUACUUUGGCUCGCUCGUGGUGAUGGUGCUGGGCUAUGUGCAGCUGCUGAUCAUCGCGCUGUGGCACAGUAUGCUCGGACAUACCGCCGAUGCAAACCAUCCGCUGCGCACGCAUACGCUGCGCGACCUCGUGCGCGAUCCCUUUCCCCGGCGAUCCCCACGAACUUCAUCGUCAAAGCUGCGGUACGGUGCAGAGCGGCUGGCCGAGGCGGUGCUGCGACGUGUGGCGAGGCUGGACGAGCGGUUUGUAGAGCAGACGCUCGCGCCGCUCUUCAGCGCCGUCAUGACGUGCUCGCUCGACGCGGUGUGGGCGUCCCCCGCGACGGAGGUGCUCGACUAUGUCGCGCUUACGCUUGGCAGGGACCACUUUGUCGUGCAGGAUGGCGUGCGCACUGUCGUCCGAGCGCUGCUGGUUCACGUUGCGCCCGGGGGCGAGGAGGAAAGCAGGGUUUGGACGCGCGCACAGGUGUGUCGAGUGCACCACCGCAACGGUCGGGCGUGGCUGAGUGUCAUGCACCAUGCCGAGGGCACCGAGAUGUCGCGCGAGCCGUCGAGCAGCAGCGCGUCGACAGGGACGGACGCAACGUGCAUCGAUGACGCCAGGGAACACGGACCGUAUGACCACAUCAUCUUUGCGACGCAGGCGAACCAGACGGCACGAUUCCUCGAGGCGUAUGCAGCUUCGCUGGACGACGAGGCGGAAAGAGGGCGGUUGGGGUCGGUGGUGGAGGCGCUCAGGACGGUGCGCUACGAGCGCAGUGUGGUGGUCAAUCACACGGACCGCACGUUGCUGCCCGUGAAUAGGCGCGACUGGCGAGAUCUUAAUCUCGUCUCACCCGCCGCGUCGUGCGAGACGGGUUUGCGUCGGCGUGGCAGUGCGGGUUCGGACUGGACCGAUUCGAGUUCGGACAGCAGCGAUACCGAGGCGGGACAGGAGGGGCAUACGAUGGCGACGCAUGUGCUGCGUGUACCCAGCUAUGCGCCCGUGGUCAUGCAGACCACCAAUCCGCACCCCAGCCUCGAACCGAGCCAAGAGAGCGUGCUGUCAAGAGCCGCGUUCGAACGUGCGGUGCUCGAUGUACGUGCGCACGUGGCGAGGCAGACACUCUUCACCCGCUCCAAUCGCCACAGCGCCAAUGCAGAUGCGGUGCAGACGGCGGGAGGGACACAGCUGCAGCUCGGACCGCUCCAGCCUGUGCGUGCGGCGACCGACCAUGCCCAGGUGUGGGUCGCCGGCUCCUGGGCUUCCGGCAUCCCGCUGCUCGAGGGAUGCGUGGUCUCGGCCACGCUCGUUGCCAAGUCCAUCGUGCGCGCCGAAGGUGCAUCCCUCCCAUCCUCCGCAGCAUGGUAG